CUUGCAAUAACCGAAGUGCGUUCUAUAGUCUCUCACUAGUCUAUGCCAUGCCUCAUCACGCACUAUAAAUGUUAAACCAACAACCGCUUCUUCUAUUGGCAGCCAAAAAGCCUGGUUCUCUUCCUCCUUUCAAUUAAAAAAACUACUACAAUUCCCUCACGAAACUCCUGCAUCCAACCUCAGCCACGAAGGGAAAGCAAACAAGAAUACUUAAGUGAAGUGAAUUCAAUCCCACCAAUCAAUGUGACCAACCAAGACAUUACCAGUUCAGCAAAAAAAAAAUGCCACCAACAUCUAAACUAGAAGAGAACCUUAGCUCAAACCAGAAAAUUAGCCAACAACCAUCUUCACCUUCUCUGCCUCUGCAAACUCAAACAUGUCCUGCAAAUUUACUGAACAUGGUGAUAUUAGAGCUGAGAGUUCAACGAGGACUAGCCCUUCCAAUGGUGGCCAUGAACCUGGCUUGGUUUGCCAAGACCGCCAUCACAACAGCCUUUUUGGGUCGAUUGGGGGAGCUCAGCUUAGCCGGCGGUGCGCUCGGCUUCACUUUUGCUAAUGUCACCGGCUUCUCUGUCUUAAAUGGUCUCUGCGGCGCCAUGGAACCCAUCUGCGGACAGGCUCAUGGUGCUAAAAACACCACCCUCCUUCACAAGACCCUUCUCAUGACAAUCAUGUUGUUGCUAUUGCUAACACUUCCCAUUACUUUCCUGUGGCUCAAUGUUGAUAAAAUCUUGAUUCAUUUUGGCCAGCAAGAAGAAAUUGCAACUGUGGCAAAAACCUUUGUUUUCUCUCUCAUACCUGACUUGUUUGUCACCUCACUCUUCUGUCCCUUAAAAGCAUACCUCAGCUCUCAAAGCAUAACUCUUCCCACCAUGUUCAGUUCAGCUGUGGCACUAGUUUUCCACAUACCUGUUAACAUUCUGCUCUCCAAAACCAUGGGUCUGAGGGGAAUUUCCAUGGCAGUGUGGAUAACUGAUCUUAUUGUCAUGGUUUUGCUGGCCAUUUAUGUUGUGAUUCUUGAGCAUAGAAAGGGUAGCAUGUGGAAGGAAGGAGGGUGGUGGGAACAGAGCAUUGCAGAUUGGACUAGGCUGCUCAAGCUUUCUGGACCAUGCUGCCUCAACACAUGCCUGGAGUGGUGGUGCUAUGAGAUUCUUGUCCUGCUCACUGGCCACUUGGCAAACGCAAAGCAAGCAGUGGGGGUUUUGGCCAUUGUGCUCAACUUCGAUUAUUUGCUUUUCUCAGUGAUGCUGUCGCUAGCCACUUGUGUUUCCACCCGGGUCUCAAAUGAGCUGGGCGCGAACCAAGCUGGACGCGCUUACCGAUCAGCGUGUGUGUCUCUUGCAUUGGGGCUUAUCUUAGGUUGCAUUGGCAGCUUGGUGAUGGUGGCUGCCAGGGGAAUUUGGGGGCCUCUGUUUAGCCAUGACAGAGGGAUUAUCAAUGGAGUGAAGAAGACAAUGUUGUUGAUGGCUCUGGUGGAAGUGUUCAAUUUUCCAUUGGCAGUCUGUGGAGGCAUAGUUCGUGGGACCGCUCGGCCUUGGUUGGGAAUGUAUGCUAAUCUAGGUGGAUUUUACUUCCUGGCACUGCCUCUGGGCGUGGUUUUUGCCUUCAAACUCAAUCUCGGGCUUUUUGGACUCUUCAUUGGACUCAUUACUGGUAUUGUCACCUGUUUGUCUCUAUUAGUGAUAUUCAUUGCGAGAAUAAACUGGGAGGAAGAAGCUUCCAAGGCACAAGCACUAGCCAGCAACGAGCAUGUGAAGGAAGUUCCCAAAUAUGAACUAGAACAACAAAUGGAGGCCCGUGAACAUGAAGUAUAAAAAGUGUGGUGAAAAUGUAUUUUUACCUACCCAAAUUCAUGCAUAUUGAUAAACAGUAAGAACUUAAGACCAGGACGAGUACAACACGGCACAACUAUGUACAACAAUUCAAGACGUGAGGUCAUACUCACAAUGAACGUGCCCGUGCUCAGGGAAAAUUCCUAAAUAUCACUAAAAAGCAACCUAGUGGUUCUCUGUCAUUUUAGAUCACUAGCUUGAUGCUUUUGUUAGUUUGCUUGUUUCUUUUCUUUUUCUUUUUUGGUUAGGGGGCAGUGGGCAGGGGGCAUUGCACAUUUUGGAAAUCAGAUGUGUGUAGUUGAAACAACAGGCUGAACAGGACAGCCUGUUGAUCUAUCAAUUGUACAAACAAUUGCUCGAAUAAAUAAUAUGCACUCAAAGCAAAACUCUUGCUCAUA